ACCAACAGGGUAAUAAUGGUGGUGCGGCACUACUACAUGUAGUACGGUAAUUGUACCGCCAGCCUUUGGCGGAAGGUCUGUGGAAAUAUCCGGCCCGUGUUGAACGAACACGGUUACACGGCAGCGAAAGUGGAUGGACCAUGGAGUGUAUUCCGGCAACGAUUGAUGAUUUCGAGGGCAAAAAGGACCCUGUCAUAGAAAACCCCGACCAGAAUGUGUACACCAAGUUUAUGAAAUCACACAGGUGUUAUGACCUUGUACCUACCAGCUCCAAAUUGGUAGUGUUUGAUACAUCACUUCAGGUGAAAAAGGCAUUUUUUGCUCUUGUGUCCAACGGAGUAAGAGCUGCACCGUUGUGGGACAGUAAGAAGCAGUGCUUUGUGGGUAUGCUAACUAUUACUGACUUCAUUAACAUUCUACAUCGUUAUUACAAGUCUCCAUUGGUCCAGAUAUAUGAGUUGGAAGAACAUAAGAUUGAAACAUGGAGAGAGCUGUACCUUCAAGACUCUUUCAAGCCCUUGGUUUGCAUAUCUCCCAAUGCAAGUUUAUAUGAUGCAGUAUCAUCACUGCUGAAGAACAAGAUUCACAGACUGCCUGUAAUCGACCCGCUGACCGGAAACACACUUUAUAUUCUCACACACAAGAGGAUUCUCAAGUUUCUCAAGCUUUUUAUAUCAGAGAUGCCAAAGCCCUCGUUCUUACGUCAUACCUUAGAGGAACUGAAGAUUGGAACGUUCAAGAACAUAGCGGUGGUCCGUGCAGACACCCCGCUGUACACAGCACUGGGUAUUUUUGUUGAGCAGCGAGUGUCCGCGCUCCCCGUUGUCGAUGAUAAGGGCCGAGUGGUGGACAUCUACUCAAAAUUUGAUGUUAUAAACCUGGCAGCAGAGAAAACCUACAACAACCUGGAUGUGACUGUCACCAAAGCUCUACAGCACCGCUCUCAGUACUUUGAAGGGGUGCUGACAUGCCACAGGCACGAGACCCUGGAGGCCAUCAUCAGCAGACUGGUGGAGGCCGAGGUGCACAGGCUGGUCGUGGUGGAUGAGCAAGAUGUUGUGAUAGGAAUCGUUUCCCUUUCAGAUAUUCUGCAGGCACUAGUGCUUACUGAUGGAGAAUAAGGCACAGCUUGAGGAAGGAACACAAACAAACAGCAAUGGGAGAAACAGUGCAGAAGGGAAUGCAUGUCAUCCACAUUUCUGUAACCUCAUCUACUAUUACUAAAUUUUAUUCAAGAGAACAUAGAGUAGCUGCACAGGUUUAUCCAAAUUGCAAGUCAUCUGAGAACCAAGUAAAAGCUAUAAACCUCUGAUGAGGAGCCAAAAGUAUCAUCAUUCCCAGCCCUGUGGCUGUUAUGUUUAGGAUAAAUCAGGACCACUAAUUUUGCUUUAAUUACAAAGGCAUUUCUGAUUAUAUAAGUUAAUUGCCAGAUAAAAUUACACAUCCGUUACCAUACGCUGUUUGGUAGAAGCCCUUUUGUUGCUAAAGGCUGAAAUACAUGCGCACACUGAGCCUAAAGGUAACUGUGUAACUCUAGUGUGUGUUGAGUUCUAGUAUUAUGAUGUAGCCUUUCUUAAAUUAUGUUGUUAUUCAUCAGUUAGUUUAAUUAUUUAAAUACAGUUGGAGAAUUGGUGUCAAUUUUAGUUUUUUAGUUUGAACGGCUACUCUUUCAACUUGAACCAAUAUAUUGAUGGGAUUAUAGUUACUUAUGUAUUUAUCUGUGUGUCAUGCGGCUACGUUCUACCACUGUGCAGAUUUUACAAUUGUUUAGCGUCGUGUGGAACACUAUAUACUUUGAAGACGUUAGAGGUUGUCAAAGAACCUGCAGUGGUCACUCAUUUAAAGAUUUGAUGAGCCUGAAACCAUCUGAUUGUGUACAACUGAACUGAGUGUUAAUUUAACCCAACAGCCUACGUUUUAGUCUCCUAGGAACACCUCAGUGAUGAAGGGUGUAAGACAUUGAUAAGUCUGCUGUUGGGGACGAUUGUUGUGCUAUUUUCUGUUUGAAUGCACACAUUGAUCAUUUUCAGUUUUGUCUGUGCCAGUUGUAUCGUUGACGUGUAUUUGACUGAAGACAUAUUUUUUUGUCUAUUUGUUGGCCACAUUUUGGGUUCUGGAUUUGUUAAGGUUUAGUAAAAUCUUAAAAUUGUUUGUGUCUGAAAUGUUGAAUUUGGAAACAACAUUCAAACUUACAAUUUUAGUAUUUACUUUGUUGAAGUCCAGUCAGUGAGGAACUUGAACAGUUGAACAUCAGGUGUAGGGUUAUUACUGGUUUUCUGUUAAUUGAGUUUAGGGCUCUUUUUAUUUAAAUCACUGAAUACCAGCAUUUCCCUUCUAUUUUCAAAGAGAACUGGCUGAGAGCAACUCACUUUGUUUUCUUGUGAAAUGGAAUAUGUACAACUAUAUGUAAAUGCAGUUUUUGUACUAACCUGCAAUGAGAGUGUAAUCUAAAGCAAUAAAUGUCCUUCGAGA